GUGCUGCUCGCGUCGCGGGACGCGCCGCCCGAGGGACACGCUCGCCACACCCGGCUUCGUGCAACUCCCGGCGGCGUGGGCGAAAACGCGCCCUAGCCCCGCGCACCGAGACUUUUGUCCCCUAGCGUGUGACACUGAGUACCAAAGAAAUGGUGAUGGAGAAGCCAAGUCCCCUGCUCGUAGGGCGGGAGUUCGUGAGACAGUACUACACUCUGCUGAACAAAGCUCCUGACUUCUUGCACAGGUUUUAUGGCAGGAAUUCUUCUUAUGUUCAUGGAGGACUGGAUGCCAGUGGGAAACCGCAAGAAGCAGUGUAUGGUCAAGCUGAGAUACACAAGAAGGUGAUGUCCCUGCAGUUCAGCGAGUGCCACACCAAGAUCCGUCACGUGGAUGCUCACGCCACUCUGAGCGAUGGGGUGGUCGUGCAAGUCAUGGGAGAGCUCUCAAACAACGGGCAGCCCAUGAGGAAGUUCAUGCAGACUUUUGUGCUCGCUCCAGAAGGAUCUGUUCCAAACAAGUUCUAUGUCCAUAACGAUAUCUUCAGAUACGAAGAUGAAGUAUUUGGGGAUUCAGAGGGAGAACUUGAUGAAGAGUCUGAGGAGGAGGUGGAAGAAGAGCAGGAGGAAAGACAACCAUCACCUGAACCUGUGCAAGAGAAUGCAAGCAGUACUUAUUAUGAAAACCAUCCUGUAACCAAUGGGAUAGAGGAGGCACUGGAAGAAUCUUCUCAUGAACCUGAGCCAGAAUUGGAAUCUGAAACAAAAGCUGAGGAGCUGAAAGCUGAAGUAGAAGAAAAGACCCUUGAGGAGCUCGAAGAGAAAACUCCAUCUCCGCCUCCUGUAGAACCUGUUUCGCUACCCCAAGAACCACCAAAGGCUUUCUCUUGGGCUUCAGUGACCAGUAAAAACCUGCCUCCUAGUGGUACUGUUUCUUCCUCUGGAAUUCCACCCCAUGUUAAAGCACCAGUCUCACAGCCAAGAGUGGAAACUAAACCUGAAGCUCAGUCUCAGCCUCCUCGUGUUCGUGAGCAGCGUCCCAGGGAAAGACCGGGAUUUCCACCACGAGGACCUCGGCCAGUAGGAAGGGGAGACAUGGAGCAGAACGAGUCGGAUAAUCGUCGCAUAAUUCGCUAUCCAGACAGCCACCAGCUCUUUGUUGGGAACCUGCCGCACGAUAUUGAUGAGAGUGAACUGAAGGAGUUCUUCAUGAGCUUUGGAAAUGUGGUAGAACUUCGCAUCAAUACUAAGGGAGUGGGAGGAAAGCUGCCUAAUUUUGGUUUCGUGGUAUUUGACGAUUCUGAGCCGGUCCAGCGAAUUUUAGUUGCAAAACCCAUAAUGUUCCGCGGGGAGGUGCGCCUGAACGUGGAGGAGAAGAAAACCCGGGCCGCCCGCGAGCGGGAGACGCGCGGCGACGAGCGCCGGGAUAUUCGCCGUAACGAGAGAGGCCCGGGCGGGCCCCGCGGAAUCGUGGGCGGCGGCAUGAUGCGCGACCGGGACGGGAGAGGACCUCCUCCGCGGGGCGGCAUGGCACAGAAACUGGGCUCUGGGAGAGGCACCGGGCAGAUGGAAGGCCGUUUCACUGGACAGCGUCGCUGAAAUCUCCACUGUGGGCAGACAGUCUUGGCAGUGGUACAUUAUCCAUCGUGUUUGCAUUCUUGUUAAUUUUUUUUUUUAGCUUUGGAAUGUGACACAGCCCUUCUGAUCGUUUCUUUGAUGUGAAAACAUCCUUUGGUUUCCAGUUUAAAUUGAGGUGGACAUUUUUUCCCCAGUUUCACAACAGGAGUCACGCUCUUAAUUUAUAAAUGUGUACUUGGAGAAUUGAGGACUAAAAAUAAAGGAAAAAGAAAAAGAAACAAAACAAAAGACGAGUUAACUAUCUGCAACAGAAGCUGAACUAAAGGACAUGCCCAGUAGAAUUCAGGUCCUUUCAGUCAAAAACCCUCUGCUGCACAUUUGGUGUGUUACCGUUUCUGCCUACUACUGUUGGAAACACAAAUAGUGCAAUUUGUGCAAUUGGAGAAGCUUGCCUUUUUUAUUUUUCCUUCUUAGAACACUUGGCUCCAAACAAACUCGUGUUUACGCACUCAUCUAAAUGCACUAAUGGGUCCUCUGAACUCAUUUAUACUGACAGCUGCAGGAGGCAUCGGAGGGAAAACCUUCAUCCUCUUACUCAGACAGAAUAGCUUGGGGAACGAUGCGGGCAUCUGCUCUGCUUGCUGUGACCAACCUCUGUACACACACAAACCUUAAUAAGACUACACCUUUGUUCCAGAAGGAAUCCAGUUAGCUGUAACCAGAACCCAGAGUUUCCAAGUCGUAGCCCUGAGUAUGCAACAGGUUUGAUAGCUCACGUCAGGUUUUUCUAUCUGCCCCUCUUCAGUGCAGGGAUGGCUGCUCAACACACUCCUCCUUCCCCUUCCCCCUUGGAGAAGCAUUGUACAGUGAAACUUGUCUUGACUGUAUUUGAGUUCUCUGGUAAUGUAAUAAGCAUGAUGGUGCCUUCUAUGAAUACAUCAUUCCAGUCUUGCUGGUGAUUUUGUACAGUAUAGUGUAUGAAGUACUGUGCUGCAAAGCCAAGCGGCUGCAAAGCAUUUAAAGGAAAUAAUUGGAAAAUUGUAUUAAAAAAAUUGCAGUAUCUUUCAAUGAGUAAACGUUGCUAAAAUGAUCAUCCACCUUGCUCUUCAAUUAACAAGUUCGCCUGGUUUUUUUGCAGUGGGGGGGAAGGGAGGAUGAAGGCAUCCAAGUAGCCUCCAGGUUGUCUCUUUUCUUUAAUCAGUGUCAGAGUUAAAGAAAGUGGAGUUCUAAUCUCUCUUGGACCUGAAUUUCAGACGUCAGUCCAGAAUGGUGGACGCUUCUGGCCAGCUCGUAAUGGCUAGACCUAAGCAUCCUUUGUGAAGGUGAGCUUAUCAAACGGGGAUACUGCAAUUUUCAGAGAACUAAACAGCAGCUCUUAAGUUCUUGCAUUUUCCAGUUGCACUUUUUUAAAAACUUGUACUCAUUUUGCACAUAACUCUCAGCUGAAGUUGACACUGAUGUGGCUCUGGCCCGGCGGAUGGAAAGGAGGCAUCCUCUUGUGCGGUUGGACUGGUGGGUUUCCCGGAGAGCUGUGUCCUGGAUCACGUCCCGGAGCGCGUUCCCAUAAAGCGCCGGUGCAGGCGCGCCCGUGCUGGGCCUGGCUCCGGGCUCAGGAGCAGAGGGGAUGUUUGUGCACGAGUGCCACCGCCUACAGCUGCUUCUCAGCAUGGAAGACUUCAAAUUAAGGAAGGGCGAUCUCAAGCAAAAGUAGGGAGGGCAUCCUGGCAGUCUGUCUCUGGAUUAUGCAAUCGUUUGCUGGUUUCGAGUAACGUGGAAGAUUUUGCACAUCUUUUGUGAUACUUGUUAGGCAAGGGGAAGUGGCAUCUGUCUGUUCUCUCCCAGACUUGAGGUCUUCUGUGUUCCAUGGUAAGUCUUGCACUAUUUUCAUACCCUUUUUUUUUUCUGGGACACAUUUCUACCAAUCGGCAUUUUCGUAUUUCAGUUUUUUUGUUGAAGGUCUUGCAAUUUCAGCUGUUACCUGGAAAUCUGUAGUACUUGAACAGCUCGCCACACAACUCCACUCCUUAGGUUUGAAGCCCUCGGACAAGUUGGUGUCAUCAGUUAGCAGUUUGCCACCCGUGUGGCUUGUGUAGCCUGGAGGUUUGUUUUUGUUUUUUUCCUUCUGUAGCGCUGUGGUGCUUUGCUGCCACCUAAUUCGUUUGUGUGGCAAAUGGCACUGGAAGUAAUCGACAACAAAAACACAGUAGUAAAAAGAGCUCCUGAGCCAUUCUGCUUUUUGGCUUGCUUGUUUAAGUGACACGAACCCUUGGAACAUCAUCCAGAGAAGUUUACAUGGUGAUAGCUCACCUGCUGUACUGUGGACUCUUACGUGUUCUUGACCCUCUGAAUAGUAAAUGUACCUCUUAGAGCAAAGGAAGGGAUUCACUGACCAUUACUGUUAGUUGCUGAUUUGUGAAUGGUGGGAGUAUUUUGUCAUUACGGUUCUACUUCAACAAACUUGGCUGACCAUCUUGACUUUAGUAGGUAUUCAAGACAGUGGAUUACCAUCUUUAUUGCUGUAACUUGUCAAGCAUUAUAUGCUAGUAGAUUCUAGUUUAAUUGUUGCAGGUGGAAAGUAUUUUUACUUUUAAGUUUCCAUUCUGAAUGUGUUUUGACUAAACAUACCAAUAAACUACUGAUGUCUGCAGCAUUUAUCCAUGUCCCUAAUUCUCUUGCAUGCAGGUGGCUGUAGAGCCCUGGCACCCCUGGCUCACAGAAAAGAUUGUAAGAACAUCGUUGCUGACCUGGCCGGUGACAGUGGCAAGCUGCAGCAGCACAGCAUCAUGUGCUUUGAAGGGUUUGACUUGGGUGGCCUCGCUCACCUUGGGGUGAGCGAGGCCCACAGGGAGGAUGUGAGCUCGUCUCAGAAGUGUCCCAGCUGGGAUUCCUCCACAGCCUGCCAGGCUGCAGCAUCUGGCUGCGGGAUACAGCUUAAAUGGUUCUUGUGCUGGUGUUGGGAGGAAUGUGAGCUCAGCUGUCUUAAAAAAAAAAAAAAAAAAAAAAAAAGCCAGAACAGACUGGAGUUGCUUGCUCUCCACUUUAGUGUCACUGAGUCUUGAUGGUGUAGAAAUGAUUGCCCUGAUUUCCCGUUUUCUUUUUUUUACUUACCCAGAAAAGUUUGGUAAAAGGGUUAUGCUUGCACUGCUCAUAAAUAAGGUGUGGCAGAAUCACAGAAUCUCUGAAGUUCCUGUUAGCUGCUUUUGGCUCUCUCUUGUUGAUGAUAUGUCUUGGCUGUAAUACUUCCAGAUUUUUGUCAGGCAGUUAGGAAGUGACUGAAAAGUAAUACAGUUGUGUGAGUUGGAAUACUGGAAUGAAAGAACUGGAUCCUGUAGAAGUCCCAAAGCCAGAGUCUCCAAAAACUCCUCGGAGGAGCACCUUCCACAGCUGCAAGAUCUGCUGAUGUCCAAAGAU